GGCCAAAAUGAAAAACACCACUUGAUUGGCCGUUAUAUGUUAGACGAUCUCUCAUUGGUUGAUUUAAAGACUGAGGCACUAGAUUUGAAAACGUAAGAUUCAGAACUGAGAAGGGAUCCAGCUGGAGGAAGGUUUUAAAGGGUCGUAGCCUGGUACUCUUUGUUUGAUACAAAAAUGGAAGACUACGUCAAAAUCGAGAAGAUUGGAGAAGGUACCUACGGUGUUGUGUACAAGGGGAGGAAUAAGAAGACUGGUCUGACAGUGGCUCUGAAGAAGAUCCGUCUGGAAAGUGAAGAGGAAGGUGUCCCCAGUACAGCAAUCAGGGAGAUCUCCCUACUGAAGGAGCUCGUGCAUCCCAACAUUGUAAACCUACAGGAUGUCCUGAUGCAGGAGUCCAAACUGUACCUGGUGUUCGAGUUCCUGACCAUGGACCUGAAGAAGUACAUGGACUCCAUCCCCUCCGGACAGUACAUGGACUCUAUGCUGGUCAAGAGCUACUUGUACCAGAUCCUACAGGGGAUUACGUUCUGCCACUCCCGCCGCGUGCUUCAUCGUGACCUGAAGCCCCAGAACCUCCUGAUCGACAAUAAGGGCAUCAUCAAACUGGCUGACUUUGGGCUGGCCCGCGCGUUUGGCAUCCCAGUCAGGGUUUACACACACGAGGUGGUGACCCUGUGGUACCGUGCCCCUGAAGUUCUGCUCGGGGGUGCCCGCUACUCCACGCCCAUUGACAUCUGGAGCAUCGGCACUAUCUUUGCAGAGAUGGCCACCAAGAGACCGCUCUUCCACGGAGACUCUGAGAUCGACCAGCUCUUCAGAAUUUUCAGGACCAUGGGCACCCCCACAGAGGACAUCUGGCCAGGAGUGACCCAGAUGCCUGACUACAAGCCCAGCUUCCCCAGCUGGAAGACGAACCCCAACCAGCUCAAAACAUCCGUCAAGAACAUGGACGACCAGGCCUUGGACCUGCUGCAGAAAACCCUGAUCUACGACCCAGCAAACCGCAUCUCUGCCAAGGCUGCCUUGAUACAUCCUUACUUUGAUGAUCUGGACAAGGCUUCGCUACCGGGCACAAACUUCAAACCUUGCUAGAGAUAGACACUGUACAAAUUUGUAACCUCUUCAUAUAGAUGUCCUACUCUUCUACAUCUACUCGUGCUGUCUUUUCUAUAUCCUGAAGCAUAAAUGCAUACAUGUAAUAUCUUUUAUUUGUGGCUUCCAUACAAUUAUGACUUGUGUGAUUAUAUGAUGAUAAUUGUAAUGCCAAAAGUUGUUACAACCUGUGUAAAAGAAACUGCCUGUCAAUGAAAAUGUGCCUGUGUAGACAAUAGUUUGUCUUCAGAUUUCCCCUUAACAAUGGUCCAUGAAAAUGUGUCUAUUGUGUAAACAAUAGUCUUUAGAUUUUCCCUUAUCAAAUGUGUAGUAUUUCAUAUAAUAAAGCCAAAUAUAAAAGCUUAUAGUAUACACAAAUAGAUAUUUACUAGGUAAAGUGCCAUUGCAUAAUGUGGCUUCAUGUCAAAACAUUUCAAUGCAAAAUCCUCAUCACCUUAAAACAACUGCUGUGGAAAAGAUACCCGGUAAUCUUACAAUACCCGGUAAUGUUUAGAAAUUAUGAACAACUCAACCAAACAUGGCAUAUGUAUAUUAGUUCUCUACAACAUGCAUAUAGUACUGUAGUCAUUGUUGUUAAGUCCCACUACACACCUGCAUUUCCUUCUCAUUGCAUUAGCAAGUAACACGACAAUUGUGUGGUGCAACUGCUAGCUAGAUUAGACAUUGCCAGUUAUCUGUGCCCUGUUAGCAGCUGAAAUUGUAUGACAAAGCCAUGGUUACCUCUCUAAUCAUGUGUAAGGGAAGCAACUUCAUAUAGGAAUGUGCUGGUCUCAAGACAUCAGCGUUACAUCCCAACUGUGCACAUCUACCAGAUGGCAGUGUUUACUAAGAGUAGAGUAUUUGGACAGGAAGCACUGGCAUUGUAUAGUCUAUAGACACAUCUAAGCUUCUAUGCCUGUCUGUAGUUUUGUGUCUUUAUGUGCUUGUUGAUGCCACACUUUUUUCUCUGUCCUGUAAGUUAUCCUACCAUUGUAAUACUAUCCAAAUGUUAUUAGCCUGUAUUAAGGAGGUUCUAGCAAGUCCUUGGCUUGUAUGUAUAACAGAUGAGAAAUGAAUAUAUAAUGUAGUGUACAGUC